UAUGCGAUCGUAAAAAUAAAAAACAGAGGGAGGCGCAAGAGACUAAGUCAGACAGCGAUCAUGGGGAACGGUGGCUCAAGGAGAGGAGACUCUUCUUCUUCUUCAGAUUCUGAAUCGAAAAGUUCACGCGUCUCUCGAUUGAGGCAGAAGCUUCAUGACUAUCGCCAAAGUCAUUUUCAUCGUCGUCGCCGAUCUUCCGGCCUCUCUUCUCACCUCAAUUCGCUCAGCUCUGCCGAUGAUUUCGCCGGAAUUGCUCUACUCACUCUCAUUCGCGCGGAGAUGAAGUUUAAGGACAAGUGGCUUGCAUGCGUUUCUCUCGGCGAGCAGACCUUCCGUACCGAGAUUUCCGAUAACACUGACAAGCCUGUUUGGAACUCAGAAAAGAAACUUCUUUUGGAAAGAAAUGGACCCCAUGUUGCAAGGAUUUCCAUAUUCGAGACUAAUAGAGUGUCGAAGAACAAUUUCAUUGGCUAUUGUGAGAUUGAUCUGCUUGAAUUCCUGGAUCUGGAUUCAGAUUCUGAUGCUCAUGUAUUUGACCUGUUGGAUCCGUCAUCAAAUGAUAUGGUUGUUGGCAACAUUUCUCUUUCCUGUGCUAUUGAGGAUCCAUUUGAAACAGAGAAAAAUUUCGCACGACGCAUCCUGUCAGUGGUGGACUAUGAUGAGGAUGGGACCCUGUCAUUUUCAGAAUUUUCUGACCUAGUCAAUGGUUUUGGCAAUCAAGUGCUUGCUACGAAGAAAGAGGAGCUUUUCAAAGCAGCAGACACGAAUGGGGAUGGUGUUGUGAGUAUGGAUGAGUUGGCAGCUCUUCUCGCUAUUCAACAAGAAAAGGAACCGCUUAUCAAUAGUUGCCCUGUAUGUGGGGAGAUUCUUCAAGUUGCUGAUAAGCUGAACACAAUGAUUCAUUUGACUCUGUGUUUUGACGAAGGAACAGGAAACCAGGUUAUGACAGGAGGAUUCUUGACUGAUAAACAGGCUUCAUAUGGGUGGAUCUUCAAACUAAGUGAGUGGGCUCAUUAUUCAUCAUAUAAUGUUGGUCUGAAAUCUGGGUCUAGUGCUUCACAUAUCUUGGUAUUUGAUCGGAGGAAAAAGAGGCUUGUGGAAGAAUUGAUUGAUGGAAAGAUUGUAUUGUCAAUGAGAGCGCUCUAUCAGUCAAAUAUAGGGCUCCGUCUUAUGGACAAAGGGGCAAAAGAAAUCCUCCAGAGCAUCUCAGAGAGGCAGGGAAAGAAGAUGAACUCGGUUGAAUCUGCUGAAGAUAUACCAAAGUUCCUUGAAUUUUUUAAGGAUCAAAUCAAUAUGGGUGAAGUCAAGUACCCGUUGCAACAUUUUAAGACAUUUAAUGAAUUUUUCAUAAGAGAGUUGAAGCCUGGUGCAAGACCGAUUGCUUGUAUGGAGCAUGACGAUGUUGCUAUAUCUGCAGCUGAUAGCCGUCUUAUGGCUUUUAAAUCAGCAGAAGAUAGCUUGCGGUUAUGGAUUAAGGGUCGAAAGUUUUCUGUCCAUGGACUCUUAGGAAAAGACAUAUGUCCCAAUGCUUUUGUCAACGGAAGUAUAGUCAUAUUUCGACUGGCGCCACAGGAUUAUCAUCGAUUCCAUCUUCCAGUUUCUGGAGUUAUUGAAAAAUUUGUAGAUAUACCUGGCAGCUUGUAUACAGUUAAUCCUAUUGCAGUCAAUAGCAAGUAUUGUAAUGUUUUCACAGAGAAUAAACGAACUGUAUCAAUUAUUUCUACUACUCACUUUGGAAAGGUGGCAUUUAUUGCAAUUGGAGCAACAAUGGUAGGGAGCAUGACUUUCCUUAAAAAGGAAGGUGAUUUUGUCAAGAAGGGUGAUGAGUUUGGAUAUUUCUCAUUCGGAGGAAGCACAGUUAUUUGCGUUUUUGAGGAGGAUUCAAUUCAGAUAGACGAGGACCUCCUCCAAAAUAGUGAGAGAUCACUGGAGACUCUGGUUUCUGUUGGAAUGCAGCUGGGCAUUGCUAGGAAGAAAAGAGCUGAAAUGGAUUUACCGAAAUUAGAAAAUUGUGUAAUAGGAGCGUGACGGUAAAUGAUUGGCUGCUAUAUAUAUAUGGAUUACGCCUGACGGUUUCUCUCAGAGUUGUUGCACAUAUGGGCAUGCAAAUAACAGAAAAUGCCAAUGUAUUUUAACCGAGUACCAGAGAUUGUUUCUGCAAUUCAGUGAUCUAUGAUUGUGACCA